UUGAGGGACGUUCGGAUGACUUUGUACCGUUUUUAGCUGCGUGUUGAAACAGCGACUUCAUUCAUAGUGACUGGGUAAAUCUGCAGGAGGAAUGGAGGCUCUUAUUCCUGUGAUUAAUAAACUACAGGAUGUUUUUAACACAGUAGGAGCGGAUAUUAUUCAGCUGCCGCAGAUCGCUGUGGUAGGCACCCAGAGCAGUGGAAAGAGCUCCGUUUUGGAAAGCCUAGUUGGCAAAGACCUCUUACCCCGUGGCACUGGCAUUGUGACGCGCAGGCCGCUAAUCCUUCAGCUGGUACAUGUGGACCCAGAGGACCGGAGAAAGACAAGCGAGGAGAAUGGUGUGGAGGGUGAAGAAUGGGGCAAAUUUCUACACACCAAACACAAGAUCUACACAGAUUUUGAUGAAAUCAGACAAGAAAUUGAAGCUGAAACUGAAAGAAUUUCUGGCAACAACAAGGGCAUCAGCAAUGAACCCAUCCACCUGAAGAUCUUCUCACCCAAUGUGGUGAACCUCACACUGGUGGAUCUGCCUGGUAUCACAAAGGUUCCUGUUGGUGACCAGCCUAAAGACAUCGAGAUCCAGAUCAGAGAGUUGAUCCUGCAGUACAUCAGCAACCCAAACUGUAUAAUCCUCGCUGUCACAGCUGCUAACACAGACAUGGCUACAUCAGAGGCCCUAAAAGUGGCCCGGGAGGUGGACCCUGAUGGCCGAAGGACCUUGGCUGUGGUGACUAAACUGGAUCUGAUGGAUGCAGGCACAGACGCCAUGGAUGUCCUCAUGGGCAGAGUCAUUCCUGUUAAACUGGGACUCAUAGGAGUCGUCAACAGGAGUCAACUCGAUAUAAACAACAAGAAGUCUGUGGUUGAUUCUAUCCGUGAUGAGCAUGCCUUCCUCCAGAAGAAGUAUCCUUCCUUAGCUAACAGGAAUGGAACCAAGUACCUGGCCAGAACCCUAAAUAGGUUGUUAAUGCACCACAUUCGUGAUUGUUUACCCGAGCUGAAGACUCGGAUCAACGUUUUGGCUGCUCAGUACCAGUCUCUGCUCAGCAGCUAUGGGGAGCCAGUGGAGGACAAGAGUGCCACCCUACUGCAGCUCAUCACCAAGUUUGCUGCUGAGUACUGCAACACCAUUGAGGGAACAGCCAAAUACAUUGAGACUGCUGAGCUGUGUGGUGGUGCCAGAAUUUGCUAUAUUUUCCAUGAGACCUUCGGAAGGACACUUGAAUCAGUUGACCCUCUCGGUGGCCUCACGACCAUUGAUGUCCUCACAGCCAUCAGAAAUGCUACGGGUCCACGUCCUGCUCUGUUCGUGCCAGAGGUAUCGUUUGAGCUGUUGGUGAAGAGGCAGGUGAAGCGGCUGGAGGAGCCGAGUCUGCGCUGUGUGGAACUGGUACAUGAGGAGAUGCAGAGAAUCAUCCAGCACUGCAGUAACUACAGCACCCAGGAGUUACUGCGCUUUCCAAAGCUCCAUGAUGCCAUAGUAGAAGUGGUUACAUCUCUUCUAAGAAAACGACUUCCUGUUACUAAUGAGAUGGUUCACAAUUUGGUGGCUAUUGAGCUGGCGUACAUCAACACCAAACAUCCAGACUUUGCUGAUGCCUGUGGACUUAUGAACAACAAUAUUGAGGAACAGAGGCGUAACAGGAUGAGAGAUCUUCCCUCAGCUGUACCUCGUGACAAGGUGGCUAUUGCUCAGGGUGAUCAGGAAGCAAGCACUGGCACGUGGAGGGGCAUGCUGAAGAAAGGAGAGGACGGUCAGGUAGAUGAAAAGUCCAGGCAGCCAGCUUCUCUUUCAGCCAGUCCUCAGAAAGGCCAUGCAGUCAACCUACUGGAUGUGCCGGUGCCAGUUGCCAGGAAGCUUUCAGCUCGUGAACAGAGGGACUGUGAGGUCAUCGAAAGGCUUAUUAAGAGCUACUUCCUUAUUGUUCGCAAGAACAUACAGGACAGCGUGCCAAAAGCAGUGAUGCACUUUUUGGUGAACCAUGUGAAAGACAGCCUGCAGAGUGAGCUGGUAGGGCAGCUUUAUAAAUCGGGCCUGCUGGACGAUCUGCUCACUGAAUCUGAGGACAUGGCACAGCGCCGCAAAGAGGCUGCACACAUGCUGCAGGCAUUGCAGAAAGCCAGUCAAGUCAUUGCUGAGAUUCGGGAAACACACUUGUGGUGAGGAUUCAAACCUGCUUCACCGCUCCGUCUCAUUUUACCCCCCCGUCUGCACUUGGCCCUCACGGCCCUCUUAGAAAGAACAACUUUAAACUGCACUGGUGUUAAUUAGUGUGUGUGGAUUGUAGAGUUUUAUUCUGUCACAUGCCAUGGACUCGCAUUAAUGUACACUGAGGGCAGCACAUGCCAUCCCGUCAACAUACGCACAGCGUCGCCACCAGGGGGGUCUUUCAUUAUUAUAUAAACGACCAUGCACGCCCCAUUAUUAUGUGCGUAUCAUAAAGUGAUGCGUGUCCCUGAUGUAGCUUCUAUUAAACCUAGUAAUGUUCAAAGAGA